CCGUGAUAACAGAUAAGAUGGAAAAUUCAUUUGUAGAGUUAUGUGAAUGUGCGCGCUGUGCCACUGCUCCAGCAGCAGGUUAACACACCUUAAGUGUGAGCACAUUAUACAUUUACAAUAAUGACCUGAACCUGUUUGUAAACUUUUCUGAAAGUUUAUUUUUGGGGGGGAUUUAGUAAUGGCUCUGUCUCAGAUUCAGUGUCUAAACGAGCACCAUGUUAAUUUACGCACUAACGAGUCCAAGCCGGAGUUCCUGUACAGUGAGGAGCAGAGGCUGGCGCUGGAGAGGCUGCUGGAUGAAGGUCCGGACUGCUUUCACGAGUUCAUCAAGACCAACCGGAUUCGGCCAUUUUUGUCCGACCUGGAGCUCGCGCAGCUGUCCGCCUCCGUGGAACCCUAUUGUCCGGAUUUACCCGAUUCCUCAGCCGGCUUUGAUGGGGACAGUAAAGAGACGCGCUUGUCCUCACUCCAGUACUGGCCGGAGCGCUCUGAUGACUCGCUCCCGCAGCUGGAGCUCGGCUGGCCUCAACGCUCGAGCUACCGUGGACUGACCCGCGUCGCAGUGCAUGCGCAGCCGCCCCUACACGGGGACGCGCAUAUUAAAGAGGUCAUCAGGAGAACCAUAGCACAGGCACAGAAGGUCAUUGCUGUGGUCAUGGAUUUGUUUACAGACAUGGACAUCUUUAAAGAUCUCUUGCAUGCAAGCUUCAAGCGUAAAGUGGCUGUUUACAUCAUACUGGAGGUUACUGGGGUUCCACAAUUCCUGAAAAUGUGCGAGAGUGCAGCAAUGCACACAGGACACCUCAAAAACUUGAGAGUGCGGAGUAUAAGAGGAACUGGGUUUUUCACUCACUCAUCCAAGAAAGUAUGUGGGAGCCAAAGUCAAAAAUUCAUGUUUGUUGAUGGAGACAAAGCCGUUUCAGGAUCAUACAGUUUCACAUGGGCUGCCUCGAGAUUAGACAGGAGCAUCAUUACCGUGCUCACAGGCCAGGCUGUGGAUUUAUUUGACCAGUUGUUCCAAGACCUGUAUAUGAUGUCUAAUGCCAUUAAUUUGAACAAGAUUAAACUGGAGAAAGAGAAAAAGCUAGAACCCAUCACUAAAGCAGCACCUCCUCUGCAGCCCUCAACCGCCAUGGCCCUCAAACUCUUCAACCCCAAAUACGCUCUGGUCUCUGGCAAUGCUGUUGCUAACAUCAAUCGUGUUAAUUCUGAGAUGUGCACAGCCAAGAAUAACAGCAAUAAACUAAUGAAGGAAGUGCCAGAAGGUCCUUGCAUUCACCCUGGACUGCUCCACCUAGAAAAAGCCAACAUGAUUGACUACCUGCCUGUUUGGCCUGAGCCAGAUCCACCAAGUGAUGUCACUGGCUUCAUUAAUAUAAGGGACUGUAAUAAACCCCUACAAGCUCACCUCACGCGUUCAGAUCUCUUUGAGGUCUCGCAAGUCAUCCGAUUUAAAGACCCGAUCCGCGUGCCACAAGAGUCUCUGUCUGAGAAGGUUUGUCCAAGGCCUACCACUCCAACUGCUGCUUCAGCCAAUGAGCAGCCACUUAUGCAACCCCAAACUAGACCGGUGGAAGAUAGCAAGCACUGCCAUCCUCCUAGCAGUCUGAAAGAACAGGCUGUGUGUCUGUCCCCUAUUCCAAAUCCUAAAACAGCUCACAGUAGCAAGAAGGAUGAGAAAGACUCCCCUGUGGAUCAUGGUAUGGAAAAGAAAACUGAUGUCUUAUCUAAGAAGAGAGAAGAAUUGGAUAUUGAGAAUAUUAUAGCCAGCACUAGUGCUGAGUCAUAUAAAGAUUCCCAAGUAUCAGAGAAUCCAUCCAUCCAUCCAUUUUCUCUACCGCUUAUCUUACACAGGGUCACUGGGAACCUGGAGCCUAUCCCAGGGGACUCGGGGCACAAGGAAGGGGACACCGUGGAUGGUGUACCAACCCAUCGCAGGGCACAUUUGUACACACACACCCAUUCACACACUACAGACAAUUUAGACAUGCCAAUCAGAUUACAAAGCAUGUCUUUGAACAGGUGGAGGAAACCGGAGUACCCGGAGGAAACCCAGGAAGCACGAGGAGAAUUUGCAAACUCCGCACACACAGGACAGAGGUGGGAAUCAAACCCCCAACCCCAGAGGUGCGAGGCAAAUGUACUAACAACUAAGCCACCGUGCCCCCUAUCAGAGAAUCCACAGAUUCAUAAUAUAACACCAUUUUACAGUGUUGGAUCUAAUACAGUAACAACUCAUACUUCAGUUGCACAACCUGAAACUACAUCAGACAAACAAAGCUGUGAGAAUAUUGCAGAAACCAUCAGUAAUAAAGAUAUACAAGCCAAUCAAAGGAACACACACAAACUCAUAGAGACCGAUAAUAUAGACUGCCCAAUGCAAAAUGGAGAGAGUACCUAUUCUGACUACAGUUCUUCUUUUUUAUCAGAGGUGUACUUCAGGUGCACUGAGAGUGCGAGUGGUGAUUCUCAGAUUGUAGGGAUGGUUAACAGGAUGCCAACUGUCUCCAAGUACCCAGAUGAGCAAAACAAUGCCUUGUCCUCAUUAAUGUCUGGCUCAUGUGAGGAUACAUCAAGCCAUGACAUCAUGAAAGAAACAGAAGAGUCUAGGCUCCCAUCUGCAUCACCAGAAGAGUGUCAUGGCCAACACUUAACUGUGGUGACAACUGACAAGUCGGAGUUCACAUCACUGAAUGGAGGAAAUAGUUUGUCUGAAUCUGUUUCUAUAGCCAAUAAAGAGCAAAUACAGGAAACAGAUUCUACCUCACAACCAGGAACAGAGAGCAAACUACUCCAUCAAGUGAAAACUGAUGUACAAGUAGCACCCAUUGAAAAAAAAGAAUGCCUACAGAAGUGUGAAUUGUGUUCAGUAGUAAAUAUGUUUGACAUACAACCUGUAGAAGGGAACGACUGUGUCAGAUCACAGCUAUUAGUAAACAAGUCAUUGCUGCAGGAUAAAGUAACGGCACCUUAUGUGGCAGUGCGGAAAACUGCGGAGGCGCAGUGCAUCGUGUUUUCUGACCCACUCAAUGUAGUGCCACUGCUGAGAUUAAAGCCAGAAACCUGCUCAGGAUUCAAUUACACAUCUAACCUCAAAUCUGCACUCGAAGGGAAUGAUGGCACACACUCGACACCACAGUCAAAACCAGAUUCUCUAAACAACAGGUUCCCGAAAAGCCCAAACACUGAAAGAAGUCAUGAAGAAGCUUGCAGUUUGCCUUUUCAGGUUAAACCGUUGAUUGCAGAGGAGUCAAACCUUGAGCAGGGUAUAGAGGUCAAAGAUAUGGACAGCUCCAAUUCAGAACUGAAGGAAAUGGCAACAGCGCAAAUUGUGGAUAAAGCACAGCAGCUAAAACUGAAGACAUUGGCUGGCGUUAAGGUCAGACAGCUCGGUGUUGAUAUCCAUCCUUUGAAAAGGAAGACACGGGAGCAUAUAUAUGUGCAGCAAGAGAAUAACCAGCCUGAGGGAAAGCCUAAGUCAGAGAGAAAUGUCCGGAAGCUACAUCGGGUAUCACCUCAACCUAAACCUAUUCCAACACACGAAGUCAAACAAGGUUCAACCAAAGCAUCUGUCACCAAGGUCCACAGCAGUGGGGUAACCACUGUAGCAUCUGCUGUAUCCACACUUGGAGUUCAAAAUGAUCCACGUGGAAGGCAGUUGGGCCAAAACAGGGCUGCUAAUGAUCUUCCUGCAACUCCUGCCAAGCUUCCCAGGAGACAUACAGCUCCCAUCAGGUCAAAGCAAACUCAGCUCAGACCCUUGCAGACAGAACUCUCAGCAGACCAUCACUGUUCUUCUCAAAAACAGCCUCAGGCUCAACAGGAUAGAAUAAGGGUUAACCAGUUACACCAGUCAAGCUUCAGGCAGCGUUCUGCAUCAACCCCAAAAACCACAAGAACCUUAAAAGAGAGAAUUACUGGCUCCUCUUCUCAAACGAAUCAGAAAAAGACUCUUUAA